AUGACAGUGGUUAUUUUGUUUACUUACAUAUGUAAUGUACAACUCGCCAGACAAGUUUGUGAAGAUAUUUGCAAAGAUGUUCAUGCCAAGGACGAAGCAAUGUUUGUAAUGACAUUGAACGGAAAAGAUUUAGAUUCUCUUCUUCAUUCAUAUGAAGAUUUUUGUCGUCGGCUGAAUUGUAACGAGAGCGCAUUACAAAAUGUUUCAAGUUCAUCUAAAACUAAAGAAGAGAAAAUAAAAGAUUUAAGAUCGCAAAUAUCUUGCAGAAAUAAAAAUUGGAAAAAGUGGUGGAUCAUCGUAGACAAUGUGGAAAAUCUAGAACUCAUAUCCCCACUACUGCCUUUGAAGGGAGACGAAGUUUGGAAGGACGGCCAAGUUAUAUUAACAACACAAAACACAAAUGCUGUCCCACAAGACAGCACCUCAACUAAGCAUAUCUCACUUAUUCAUGGAAUGAAUGACCAAGAGUGUCGCCAGCUGCUUGUCCUAUUAUCGUGUACCAAAGUCAAUGAUCCAUUACUAGAUGAGAUGGCGGAGAAGUUGGAUCGUCAACCACUGGCAAUGGCCGCGGCAGCCGUGUAUAUGAGAGAAGUAACCAUUAAUUGUCCAGAUUUUUCUUGGCGAGAUUAUUUACGAAAACUUGAAAAGGGUAAAAGGGGGUUAACGGAGAAACGUCUUCGGCAAAUGAAUUCCGCGGCAUAUUCCUCCACAAUGAGCACGGCAGUGCUGUUAGCGGUUAGAAAAUGUGCAGAAAAUAACACAAUCCUGGAACAUGCUUUCAACCUUUUCUCUUUGAUAUCUUUUGAACCAUUACCACUUGAUCUUGUUGUAAAAUAUAUUCAGGAGCAACAGGAGGUAGAUGCGGAGGACGUCAUUACAGCAAUAAAACUCUCCUCGCUGUUUGUUCAGGAUGGUAGCAAUGGUGAUGUCCGCCUACAUCGUGUUGUUCAUGAAGCCGUCAAAACCUUUUGUCUUUUCGAUAAAUCUGAAAAAGAUAAUACGGAAAACACAAGUGCAAGCGAGGAAGAAAAUAUAACUCACAUUUACAGGGUUGUCAAAAUAAUGAGUUACUUUAGUAAAAGAGAAGAUAAAAUCAAAUCUAUUCCGCAUUUGAAAGCAUUUCACAAAGAAAUUAUUGACAACAUUCAUUUUCCCGAUCAAGCAUUAUACUUAUUAAGCUUACGUUUCGAAAAAGCUGACAUUUCUCAAAUGUAUAUAUCUUUGGGGAGCACACUUUAUCGCUUUUGUCAGUAUGAACUGUCGAUGGAAUUUCUUCAACUGGCACUAAAAAUUCAAUUAAAUCACCUUGGUCCGAAUCACACAGACGUAGCAACUUUAUACAGUUACCUGGGUGUGUUGUGUAGCGUUAAAGGUGAUCUUGAUCAGGCUAAUGAUUAUUAUCAACGCGCACUGAAAAUUCGAUUAGAGCAAUUAGGACCGAAUCAUACUGACGUUGCCACUUCAUACAACAGCCUGGGCAAUAUGUGUAGAAUAAAAGCUGAUCUUGAUCAGGCUAAUGAAUAUUAUCAAAAGGCGCUAAACAUUCAAUUGGAACAAUUAGGACCGAAUCAUACUGACGUUGCGAGUUUAUACAACAACCUGAGUAAUGUGUGA